CAAUUUUCAUUGAUCACACAAGCUGCACGUGGGACGAGGACGCUUUUAUCAAAAUGGGUCGGCCAGGAUUUUCGCCAAGAGGCGGUGGCUUUGGAAGCAGAGGGGUGGGGGGCAGAGGAGGUGGAGGGAGGGGUGGUUUCCGUGGUGGCGGUGGAGGGGGAGGUUUUCGUGGCGGUGGUGGUUUCCGUGGAGGUGGGGAGGGGGGAAGAGGGGGCUUCAGAGGCGGGCGUGGUGGGUCACGAGGAGGAAGAGGAGGUUUCACCCCAAGAGGCAGAGGUGGUAUGAGAGGAGGGAGAGGAGGUGCUAGAGGUGGCAUGAGGGGAGGCAGAAAAGUCGUCAUAGAGCCGCAUCGAUUGGAAGGAGUCUUUAUUGCUCGUGGGAAGGAAGACGCUCUGGUUACCAAGAACCUGGUACCCGGCGAGACGGUGUACGGAGAGAAGAAAAUCUCUGCUGAGGAUGGCGACAUCAAGACAGAAUACAGAGCCUGGAAUCCCUUCCGAUCCAAGUUGGCGGCGGCCAUUUUGGGCGGAAUCGACAAGAUCCACAUGAAGCCUGGAUCGAAGGUGUUGUACCUUGGGGCUGCCUCGGGCACAACUGUGUCACAUGUCUCCGAUCUCGUAGGACCGGAGGGCCUCGUCUACGCUGUAGAAUUCUCCCACAGAUCGGGUCGGGACCUCAUCAACGUUGCUAAGAAGCGCACCAACAUCAUCCCCAUCAUUGAAGAUGCCAGACAUCCCCACAAAUACAGAAUGCUGGUCGGUAUGGUUGACUGUAUAUUUGCCGACGUGGCCCAGCCCGACCAGGCCCGUAUCGUGGCCAUCAACGCACACAGCUUCCUCAAGAACGAAGGCAACUUUGUCAUCUCCAUCAAGGCCAACUGUAUUGAUUCCACGGCCCAACCGGAGGUCGUCUUUGCAGGCGAAGUCAAGAAACUCAUAGCAGAGAAGCUGAAACCGCAGGAGCAGCUGACGCUGGAACCGUACGAGAGAGAUCACGCGGUCGUCGUAGGAGUUUACAGAGCACCUUCCAAAAAGAAGUGAGUUCCCUUCGCACUGCACCAAGCUUCCGUAGUCUCCAAGUCUGCAUUGGUACCCAGUCAAUUUCAUAUACCUCUGUUCAAUUUUUGUUGAACUUCUUUUCUUUUUCGGCACAGAGUACUAAUUUGUCUUUUCUCCAGCCAUUUUUUAAAGUUGUAAUCAUGCACUUAAACAUUGAAAGGGACUACAAUCAACUGUAUAUUUGAGUUUCCAUUAAUUUUUACUAGUCCACACCCCUUGUAUUCUUUUGAUUUAACCUGGACCUGCUUUCUAACAAAAUUUUUUAAAGCUGUGAUUACAUGUAUAUGAAGUGAUACCUCUGAAAGGACUUGGGUCAAUGUUAUACGUCCAUUUGGCAGAAGGGAAAAACCAACCUUUCCUGUCUUACAAGAGAGUACCAGCCAUGGCUGGUAACCAGUAUGUAACUGGUAGAGAAUACCAGCCAUGGUUGGUAACCAGUAUGUAACUGGUAGAGAAUACCAGCCAUGGCUGGUAACCAGUGUGUCACUGGCAGAGAAUACCAGCCAUGGCUGGUAACCAGUAUGUAACUGGUAGAGAAUACCAACCAUGGUUGGUAACCAGUGUGUCACUGGUAAAGAAUUCCAGCCAUGGUUGGUAACCAGUACUCCAUCUCUUCAUAGUAAGAAAUUCCCAAUGCAUUGUUUUUGCAAUAAGCCAAUUCGGUAUUCCAACUAUGCGAGUGCACGUCUAGACCAAGUAACUGGGGCGCGAGAACUCCUUUUUCAAAUUUUGGUUUGAAACAAAAUAAAUUUGUUGCACACAAAUCAUGAUCACAUGACCUCUACAAGAUACAAAAUAUUACACUUGUGGAAACUGGUCAAAUGCCAUCGAUUUGCAGAUCACAAAUUGAUCGUGAAUAGCAUUACCGGAGCACCAGUAGUUCGUCUUUGACACCUUAAGAAGCCAUUAGGCGAUGUGUAAUGUAUUUUAUCAUGUCUUCAUCGUCAUUUUGGCAAUAAUUUUGAAAUCCAUUGUGUGCAUUUAUCUAGUAUAUUUAUGCCACAGGUAAAAUCAUCGAAUCUUGUUUUGCAAAUGUGCUGUUGGAAUAUUGAUUUUGCUUAUUGUUAAUUACUUUUUUAACUGUUAAAGAGUCAUCUUGUUAAAUCUCCAGGAUAAAAAGUCAAGCUGCUUAAACUGAAUGCUUAUAAUGUGUCACAAUCAAGGAGACAAAAUCUACUUCUUUUUUUACAAAUUAAACUAGACUGUUUUCUUGUGCAUUGUAAUAAAAAGAAACACUGCUCAGCUUGAGAUAGAGA